UAAGUGAACCAGAGAUAAACAUUGGAGGAAUGUUGUAAGGGAAUUGUGAAAAGAGGCAUCCGUUGAUAUCUCAUUUCUGAGUCCAGAGUAAAUAGCAGAGUAUUAGCGUGCACCAGGACAGCAACAUCAGUGAUUCUUAAGCUGAACAAAAUGAAGUUUCUUUAUAUACUGAUCUUCAUUUUAAGCAACAAACUUGUGGAUGGACAGCGGAGUCCUCUUAAUAACUACCAACGUUCUAAAGGAGUGCAGCUUCGCUUUUCAUCUAUUCGCAUCGAGGCAGAGCCUAUGUCAGAGGAACAAUGUGCCAACCAGUGCACCAGUACGCUUCAGUGCAGGGCUUUCAAUUACAACCUACAGAACGAGGAAUGCCAACUUUUACCCUGGACCAGUCACAGAUCAGGCAGAGAGAGACAAAGGCAUAACCACGUUGAUCUGUAUGAAAAGAAAGAUUAUAUACGAGAAUGCAUUGUGAACAGAGGAGUCUCAUACAGAGGCACAGUCCCCAAGACCAAAAGUGGGAAAACGUGCCAGCACUGGAGUUCUAAUGUCCCUCAUGAACACAGAAACUCACCCAGUCAAUUCCCAGAGAAAGGCUUGGAUCAGAAUUACUGCCGCAACCCUGAUAAUGAUCAAGAUGGCCCCUGGUGCUACACCAUGGACUGGAACACUCGACUGGAGACCUGUAACAUCCCAAGAUGUAACCAGGAUGUCUGUGUGAUGUGCAAUGGUGAGGAUUACGCUGGCUUCAUGGACCACACAGCAAGUGGCUUAGAAUGUCAACGCUGGGAUCUCAACUAUCCUCAUGUACAUAAGUACCAGCCAGAAAAAUAUCCUGAGAAGAACUUGGAUGAUAAUUAUUGUCGGAAUCCUGAUGGCUCAGCCUUGCCCUGGUGUUACACCACUGACCCUGCUAUUGAGCGUGAAUACUGCAACAUACGUAAAUGCAGUGAGACACACAGGUUGAAAGAUGUGGAGAUCACCAAAAAAUGCUUCAAACAGUAUGGGAUAGGAUACAGAGGGAGAGUGAGCCAAACCACAUCUGGAACCCCUUGCCAGCGAUGGGACGCACAAUCUCCACACGAACAUGAGUUCACACCAGAAAAUUAUCAAUGCAAAGGGUUGCAAGAGAACUACUGCCGGAAUCCUGACGGUGCAGAUGCCCCUUGGUGUUUCACAAUGGAUCCCAGAGACCGGACAGCAUUUUGUCUGCAGAUCAAACGCUGUGAAGAUGAUGUUGAACCUGAAGACUGCUAUGAAGGAAAUGGGAAAAACUACCGAGGAGCUGUCAAUAGAACUAGGAAGGGAAUCCCAUGCCAAAUGUGGACCUCAAAUAGUUCCCAUAGCCCACGAGUCACUCCUCAAAUGUAUCCAGAUGCUGAUCUUCAGAGAAACUAUUGUCGAAACCCUGAUGAUGACAAUCACGGACCUUGGUGUUACACUUUGGACCCCAAAGUGCAGUGGGAUUAUUGCGCCAUCAGCACGUGCAAAGGGCAGAAUAUCCCGACAAUGGAGGAAGAUCCAGCUUCAGUUGACUUUAACUCAUGUGGUAAGCGAGAUGACCGAAUACCUAAGAAAAGGUCUCGGAUUCUGAAUGGUAUGCCUGGAAACUCCCCUUGGACCGUGAGCCUUCGCAACAGGGAAGGGAGACAUUUUUGUGGUGGGACUCUUGUAAGCAGGAAUUGGAUCAUCAGCUCCAAGCAAUGUUUUCCCUCCUGUUACACUGAAUUCAGGGGCUAUGAGGCCUUGAUGGGAACCAUCCUGAAACAUCCCACGUCUGAUGAUCCUGAAAAACAGACAAUUUCCAUCCAGAGGGCUGUUUGUGGACCAAAGGGAUCCAAUUUGAUCAUGCUGGAGCUGGAAAGGCCUGCAACCUUAAAUAGCCGAGUUGCUGUGAUCUGUCUGCCACCUCAACGGUACAUUGUUCCUGAAAUGACGAAAUGUGAGAUUGCAGGAUGGGGUGAGACCCAAGGUACAGGCAAUGAAGAUGUUCUGAAUAUAUUGGCAAUGCCAGUUAUGAGUAACAAGAAAUGCAAUAAGUACUACAGAGGCCGUGUGGUAGAGACUGAGAUCUGUGCUGGGACUGGUAUACGGGGAUCAGGAGCCUGCGAGCGGGAUUAUGGUGGACCUCUCGCCUGCUACACUCAUGACUGCUGGGUACUUGAAGGAGUCAUUAUUCCAGGUCGUGGGUGUGGUCGGCCAAAUCAGCCAGGGAUCUUUAUCAGAGUCUCAAUGUAUGUAAACUGGAUUAAAAAAGUCAUGGAACUAUAAGGUUUUUGGAACAGAGCAAAUGUUUUCAACGGUAGACAUAACAAUCAGCAUCUGCAUUGAUAUAAAUACAAUGUCUGUACUAGCCAGCACACUUUAAAUGCAUUAUUAAUAACAAAAAUAAGCUUUAACCAUUUAGUGGCUUAAAACUAAAAUACAUUUUGAUAUUCAAACCUCAUCAUGUUUGGGAGAAUUUGUUUUCAAUAGAACAAUGGAUCAAUUAUUUUGGAAAAGAUGUGUUAUUGAGUGCACCAAUGGAUCAAGUAAUUUCUAUGUGUGAUGUUUGUUUAAUUAAAUUGCAAAUGUUCAAUAUUUACUGCUUUGUAAGUACCAUGGCAAAGGUUUAAAAAAGCUGAGUAGGUUUAAAUAACAGAAUCAAUACUGCAUGAUAGGUCAUUCAGCCUAUUUCACUGAUGCCAGGGAUUUUGUGAGUGCAGGUGGAAUUUAUGCAAUUACCUUGUUCUUUUCAUCCUGCCUCCAUUUUUUGUAAACCUGCAUAUCCAGUUCCUUUAGGAAAGCAAUUAUCCUUUCAGGCAGUGAUCUGAGAUCAGAACAACUUGCUUCAUCAUAAAAGGAGGUGUAAAGGAAAGCAUUUAUUCUUUACCAAUCAACUCUUCAGCCAAUGAGAGUAUCUGUUUACUCUAUCUGGAACCUUCAUGAUUUUGAACACCCUACCAUAUCACACCUUAAUCUUCUUUGGUCUAUGAACACACCAAACUUCUCCCAUCUAUGAUACCCCAAAUUAUUCCAGUAAAUCUCUUCUGUACCCUUUCCAAUGUCUUCAUGUUUUAAUGUAUAAUAUCCUGAAGUGAACACAAUCUUCUUUUAUGACAAAACCCAUAUUAUAGUUUUCCAACAAAAGUUCCUUGCUUUUGUUUUUUAUUUAUAAAGUCUGUGACCUGCAUGCUUAUGCUGCUUUCUCAACAUGUCUUGAAAACUUUAUUCAAUAAUGCAUGCAUAGUUUCGGAUCUCUUUAAUAAGAUGAAGGGCACAAUAUUAUUGUCAUAUUCUAGUUAUAUCUAGGAUUGUUCUUGUGACAGGUUUUUGUAGUGUGAUGUAUAAAACUGCUAUUUUGGGGUCACAUCAUUAUUUGACAUUUGAUCCUUCCAGUUGUAAUAGUUUAACCAAGUAUCUAUUAAUAUAUAGCCACUCAGUAAAUAUAACCACACACUGCAUUAGAAAAUACUAUAUUCCUGGGAAUAAUGUAUCCUAUUUUAUUUGUUGCAUUUAAAGUUUAGCUCUGUGUAUCUUUGAAACAUUCUCAAAUCUUGUUAUUAAAUCAAUCACAAAUGA